CUGGGCGAGCGGGCGCCGUGCGCGUGUCUCGCCGCCGAGCUGCUAAUAAAGUUGCACUGAGGGGAAGCGCAGCGACGGCGCCGGAGAGUGCGCCCAACCGGCCAGAGAGACUUGAACCAAUGAAAGAAGCUUAUGGCACUUAAGAAGAUAAAUGUCACUCUUGCCUUUUAAAUUGGAACUUCUGCUUAGGACCUGUAUAUGACUUUUCAUUUGUGAUCUGUUCUUUCAGUAGCCACUGACUUUGAGUUGCAGGAAGGUCUCUGAAGAUUCAUAUCAAAUGACGUCAAUGGCCAGCUUGUUUUCUUUUACUAGUCCAGCAGUAAAGCGAUUGUUGGGCUGGAAGCAAGGUGAUGAAGAGGAGAAAUGGGCAGAAAAGGCAGUCGAUGCUUUGGUGAAAAAGUUAAAAAAGAAAAAGGGUGCCAUGGAGGAGCUGGAGAAAGCCUUGAGCAGUCCGGGACAGCCGAGCAAAUGUGUCACAAUCCCCAGGUCUUUAGAUGGACGCCUGCAGGUUUCUCACAGAAAAGGCUUACCCCAUGUGAUAUAUUGUCGUGUUUGGCGCUGGCCUGAUCUGCAGAGUCAUCAUGAGCUAAAACCAUUGGAUAUUUGUGAAUUUCCUUUUGGAUCCAAGCAAAAAGAAGUUUGUAUCAACCCAUACCACUAUAAGAGAGUGGAGAGUCCAGUCUUACCUCCAGUAUUAGUGCCUCGUCAUAAUGAAUUCAAUCCACAACACAGCCUUCUGGUUCAGUUUAGAAACCUGAGCCACAAUGAACCGCACAUGCCACAAAAUGCAACUUUUCCAGAUUCUUUCCACCAGCCCAACAACACUCCUUUUCCCUUAUCUCCAAAUAGCCCCUAUCCCCCUUCCCCUGCUAGCAGCACCUAUCCCAACUCCCCAGCAAGUUCUGGACCAGGAAGUCCAUUUCAGCUGCCAGCUGAUACUCCUCCUCCCGCCUAUAUGCCACCAGAUGAUCAGUUGGGUCAAGAUAAUUCCCAGCCCAUGGAUACAAGCAAUAAUAUGAUUCCUCAGAUUAUGCCCAGUAUAUCCAGCAGAGAUGUUCAGCCUGUUGCCUAUGAAGAGCCCAAACAUUGGUGUUCAAUUGUUUACUAUGAAUUAAAUAAUCGUGUUGGGGAAGCUUUUCAUGCAUCUUCUACUAGUGUGUUAGUAGAUGGAUUCACAGACCCUUCCAAUAACAAAAGUAGAUUCUGCUUGGGGUUGUUGUCAAACGUUAAUCGUAACUCGACAAUUGAAAACACGAGGCGACAUAUUGGAAAAGGUGUCCAUCUGUACUACGUUGGCGGAGAGGUGUACGCCGAGUGUCUCAGUGACAGCAGCAUAUUUGUGCAGAGCAGGAACUGCAACUUUCAUCAUGGCUUUCAUCCUACCACCGUCUGUAAGAUUCCCAGCAGCUGCAGUCUCAAAAUUUUCAACAAUCAGGAGUUUGCGCAGCUUCUGGCUCAGUCUGUCAACCAUGGGUUUGAGGCAGUAUAUGAGCUCACCAAAAUGUGUACAAUUCGAAUGAGUUUUGUCAAGGGCUGGGGAGCAGAGUACCACCGGCAGGAUGUCACCAGCACCCCAUGUUGGAUUGAGAUUCAUCUUCAUGGGCCUCUUCAGUGGCUGGAUAAAGUCCUCACUCAGAUGGGCUCCCCUCUGAACCCCAUAUCUUCUGUCUCAUAGUGCAGAAGUAUUCUUUUCAACUAUAUUAUUAGUGGACUUGUUUUAAUUUUAGGGAAACUUUCAAUACAGAUACUGUGAGCUUACAUGGAAAACAUCUUAUUUUUUUCUACAUAAUUGUGACCAAUACAUUUGUAUUUUGUGAUGAAUCUACAUUUGUUUGUAUUAAUGUUCAUGUGAUUAACUCUCAAAAGUGUUGUGAAAGAUGCAGAGAAAUUACUGUGCCCCAGUUCCAAAGUUUGGCAUUAAUCUUAAACUGGAACAUACAUUUGCCUUAUUGUCCCAACAAUUUUUUAAAAUUUGUUCAACUUACUUUUGAAAAUGUAAAACAACACAUGAUGAAAAAUUAUAAUAGAAUAAGAGGGAAUACAGUGAAAAGUCUUCCCUUCGACUCUUGAUACUCAAAAAGCUGUACUUUUUCCAGUUUCUUUGUCCCACCAACUUUUAAAAAGUCGAAUUCAUUGUUCUGUAAAAGUAUAUGGUAGGGACUUAAAGGAAACUAUAAAAAAUCUUCUCUUUGAAGGAACACUAUGCACUGCUCUAACAAGUAGUGUUUGGUAAAAGCAAAGUGAUAGUUUUCUAAGUGACAUAAAAUUUACAUUUAAUACAGCUAAAUGUUUGUCAGUGUUUUGUGACUUCACUCGAUAUAGCUUUUGUAUAACAUUUCCUUUUUAAAAAAAAAAAAUUAUUGCCAACAACGGAUCUCCAGUAUGUGUCACUUACUCAGAACCUGUCCCAAGCACUACUUUAUAGCUCGUGACAGCGCAUGCGCGGCCUUGUUCAGCUGUGUUUGCUGCUUUCGGCCAGUGUUGCAGGAACUCUAGUUCUGACAUGCAUUAACCUUUUACUUUGCACUUUGAUGGGUGACAGUUUUUAGUGUAACCUUUCGUGAAACACACUCAAGGGACAUGGAUUUAGAUGCUCAUCCUUACUUCCUUUGUACCCUUUUUAUAUUGACAAACACUGCAAUUUAUAGAUGACAGUUGUAGGAAGUUACGCUUUUUUCUAGCUUUUGUUGUAUUUUCCAGCCUAGAUUAUAAUACUGUUUCCUUGUAGCUCCAGCUUAAGGUGCCUUCUUAAUUCCAGUUUUAUGGACGUUAUUAAUGUUGGAAACUCAUGUACUGAAUCCAUUGCUCUUACCGCAUCAGUCUCCCCACGCAAGGACCUGUAGCCACAGGAGCCUUCCCCAUCUGGCCCCAAGGACAGGGUUCCUGGGCUGACACCUCAGUGAGUUCACAGUGGUCGUUGAGAGAGCUGAUUUUAAAGUGUUCAUGUAUCAAAGAAUACAGACUGUUCUGUCAGUUACCGUGCAUGCUUUUUUUUCUUUUCUUUUUCUUUUUUAGCUCCUAUCUGGAUGUUAGUCACCCAGAACACAAUCCUCAGAAAGAAAAGACGUGAAAACUCUUAAAAUGUCCAUUUAAUCAAUCAUGCUUAAAGGCCUUGGGUGAAAGACUCGUAACCCCUUCUUCUAGGGAGCAGUCAGUCAGACCUUAGUUAUGGCAUGAGAACAAAGACAUCAUUUUGAGAAAAGUGACCUAACUCACCUAUCAGAAGAAGCUUGUUUUCUGGUGCCUUUUGUAAGUAUAUGGAGCCAUGUCAGUCUUGUGUUUAAAAUGUUAGUUUGGUUUGACUUACUGCCUUGCCCUUUCUGUGUUUAUGAGGAAGUAAAUGCAUUUUUUGAGGAAAGGAGAAUGUGAUUCUUUUUGUUCUCUGUGACAUUAUUUAUUGCUUUUACAAAGUGCAGCCAAUGGAUGGUUCUAGUUCUUUAAGAUGAAGUGCCUGCCACAUGGGCUUCCACUCUCAGCCCUUUGCUGGGUGAAGGGAUACUUUACAACAGUCACCUGAGCCUUAAACAUAGUUUUAAAUGACACACAUUCUCAGUCUUUUUGUCAGCCAUGUGAAAGAGGAUGUCUGCUCAGAGACAGAGAUAGAACAAUUUCUAUUCCUUUUUUUUUUUUUUUUUUUUUUUUUUUUAACUUACUGGGCUAAUGGCACAACUUUGGAGCAACUUGUAGGAAAAGCCACCCAGGCUGAAUGACAGAUACAUGUAAUCAACUUCAGUGGGCCAGAACUGAGGAAAACUAUUGUUUUAUUGAUACUGUCAGUGAGUUAAUUAAAACUGUUUUUAUUCAUGUUAUAGCUUUUAGAGGUUGGAGGAUUUUAUGUGAUUGGCCUUUUCUAAGUUUCUCCUAAGGAACUGUGUCUCAUGAACGACAGUACUUAAGCCAUUAACUGUUCAGAGUUUCCUGGAGAAGUAUAAACCUGUUGUAUUUCCUAAAAGCUCUCAAUUCCACACCCCUGGAUUUUAAGUGGAAACUUAAUCUAGCUGCUUCUAUGAUUCCCGAGGAUGUCCAGUAUCAAUGGAUAGGAAAUACAAAUUGCCAGUAAGAUUUUUAAAAACUAAGUAAAAUUCUGACCAAUGAAAAGGAACUGCCUCUGAAAGAAACCACUUCAGAAAAUUAGUUUGAAGUUUUAUUUAAUCUCUACAAUGGUUUAUGAAACAUUUACACCAUUAAAAUCACAUUUUAUAGCAUGUACCAUAUAGUAACAUAUGCCAGCUGAAAAGACAGUCUGGAAGUGUUAAAAUUACAACCAAUUUGGUAAAUGCAAAAGAAGAAUAGGGUCAAAAUUAAUCUCAGUAAUGAACUAAAGUAACAAAAAGAUGUUAAUUGGGGGAAAAAAACAAGGUAAGAGGUGCAUUUGUCUCUCAUUGCUACAUAUUUAUUAUGGUCUGGCUGGUAUUGCCUGACUUAACCUGUGAAAUGAAAACCAGUAGGCAUGUUAUUGGUCUGUUGAGGCCGCUUUCUCUUCAGAGAAAAUUUAAGGAAGACAUCAACCAAAAUGUCAAAUAUAUACAUCAGAAUCUGAAUAAUGUUUCACAUUUUGUCAUUGUUAUAUAAGAAAACUCUGAUCACAGAAUGGGCUGGGAGUCCGAGGUGAAAUCCUCUGUAAGACUGCGGGGCAGUUCCGUGAGCUGCACCCAACAGUCAGAAAGAGGGUGUGGCGACGUACUCUUUAUGCAUUGGAGUGUGAGGCCGCCUUUUAGGAUAUAAAGUGGUCAGUAACUAUUCAGAUCUGAAAUGCACUUAUUGUCAAGACAAGAACUGGGGCUCCCCUUAUAAAACCUUCUUUAUUUGAGGGUACCUAUGGGAAGCGGUUCCCCUGCAGUAGUAUUCUGCUGAAGGAGAAAGUUUACACCAAAAAAUCACAUCCUGUCAAUAGCAGAGAGACUCUAAAGUUGGAUGGCAUCUUUUUAGGUGUUGGGCGUCUGUUACAGAGGGCAUCUAACAUACCAGUUUAGAUCCAUUUCUUCAUACUUUUUCUAGUUGUGUGCUUAAUAUUGCUUUGGAUCAUUAUCGCUUUUCCACUUAAAAAAAUAUUAUCACCUUUAUGCUCCCUGAAGAAGGAAGGAUCUUUGAAUAAUUAACUGAAUUCAACUUUCAAUGAUGACUGAUUUCGGACCUGUUAGCCGUUGAGAUGGUCAGAGCCCUCUUCGCCUUCUCAGUCGGAGCCUCCUCAGCCUGGGGGUGAGAAUGUAGAUGUGCGUCUGCACGGGCCUUCUGCAGCCGCGGGCAGCCUGCUGGCGUAGAAGUGCUUGCUGAUUUUCAUGGGAGUUUUCCUAAGCCUUGGUUUGUGGGUGGUCUCCUCAGAUAUUAGCUAGGGUAGCCUUUGGGGGGUGAUCUCAGAUUUGAUGCCUGUUUGUUCCCAGAACAGUGGCAUUUUCCUCAUUGAUGGCAGGUAGGAUUUGGGGGAGGUUCGCUUCUCAGAAGAUCUGUGCGUGGAAAGUGAAGUGUUCCAGGCAUUGCUUCCACAUAAACAAUUUUUCCCACUGCACAGAAAGUUGGGCAGCUCUUUGGAAUUCACUGGGUUGCAGUUCAGGUUCAGCAUGUCCUGACUACAAGAGGUAACAGGAUUUAUCACGUCUUUGUUACAUUGGAUUUUUCAUAAUAGAAACUUGUCAUCUAAAAUGCAACUAUGUAAUAAUUGAAGUAUUACCUGCAAAUUGGAUGGUUCACAAAAACCCACGAGAGGGAUUUCACAUAUUAAAAUUUUUAAAGGUAAAAGCUCAUUGCAAUUACUGUAAAAGCAGCGAUGAGCCAUCUUGCUGAAAAGAUGCGGUCACAGCAGGAGUCUUCUCCAGAUGCCAGGAGUCAUCCUGGGCAGAGCGAGAAAGGUUCGCGUGGCUCUUGUCUCAAUAGUUCUGUUCUUAAAGGUCUUAAAAUCAUUAUACUAUUGCCCUGUAAGGUUUUAUUGGAAGAUGCUGUUUUUAAGAAGUUCAGAAUUUUCUGUACAGGUGGAUUUUUCCCCAUUAUUAGGUGUAGUGCCUUAAUACUAGCCGGUAUUAGCUACCACCAAACUCCGGUGAGGCCAGACAAGCUAGGUCUUUGUAAAAGAAGAAAUCUUUUAGAGUCAUAUUUUCCAUUACAGAUGAUGUUGCUUUGAUUCAUUCAUAAAGUAUUUUAACUGUAGGGACUCUGGAAGAUAAUAGUUGGGCAAGUGGUUUUCUUUGUGACCCUGUUGGUUAAUUUGCAUUUUGAAAAUCACUUACUUUAAAAUUGGAUACGAUUGUAAUGAAAACUGGUGUGUAUGUACCUGCCCCUGUUCUCUUAAAAAGAUGUCUCAUAUGCAGAUGAUAAAGACCAAACCAAUGGCUGCACUGUAGGCCUGCUUCUUAUUUGUACUUGUUCUGCUUCUGUUUAUGUUGUAGAAAGUAAAAUUCUAGCACAUGCUUCCAUUCUGUUAUCUUUUUGAUACUUAUAAAAAUGUAUUAGGUUUUACUAUAUUGUGCUUUUCAAAGCCAUAACUCUUAAGAACUUUGUUUUUGCAUAUUGUUUGCUAAUACUUUAUUUUAAUAAACCUCAAA